CUCGGCCGACCGCGCUGCAGACGCCGUGUCCAGAAACGGGAAGAAUGGAUGCGGUGACUACUUGAUUGAGGAGGAGGAAGGCAUUAAUGACCACAGCGUCGUUGCCAAGUGCGCCGAGAUCCAGAACGCCAUUUCUGAGGGUGGUUGUUUCUCUGCUUGCUCGCGUCUUUAUUUUGAGCUCUGUUUUUUGCUGCUGCUGGUUCGAAUAGUUGAACUUUAAAUUUUUUUUAGCUUGUUUUGGCUAAUGAUUUUCUGAUAUAAACCGAAACUUUGUUAGCUAGAUGAAUGCGUAUGAGAAUGAUUUUUCAGAUGUUUGCUUAUCAGUGAGUUGUUAUUGAAGUUCGCCGUUUUAUGGUUUAGGCUAUUAGAUUAUUAUCAGUAAGAACACUGUUUAUGGCCAAAUUAAUAACAAAAUUAAAAUUUCUCCGUUGAAUUAAGUUCCGUGGUUGGCUUGAAACUUGAAAGUUGGAUCGUUAAUUUAUGAUCACCGACAGAGGCUCUAUGGUUUAAUGGAGGCUUGAGGUUUAACCUUUUACUUUUACUAUUAUGAUUAUUUUUUUACUUUUCUGGGUACCUUUUCUCAAUAUGAUUUAUUGUCUUAGCGGCGGAUUUCAAUCAUAGGGUCCCAUGCUCUCGCCGAUUUAUGGUUUCUGCGCUGUGGUUGAAUCUGUCUCUAAUAUAUACUAUAUGCGGUGGCAUUGAUAAUAGAAAUGGAUCUGAUUUUCUGACGUGAUUGCCUCUGCGGUGAAUUCUAUAUUCCCAUCUGGCACCAAGAUCUUGGGAAGGUGCUACAUCUUUCUUGUUUACGGAGUACCAAUACGUGGGAAUUUUCAUGGUUGCUUUUGCAAUCCUUAUCUUCCUUUUCCUGGGUUCAGUUGAGGGUUUCAGCACAAGUUUCCGGCCUUGUACUUAUGACCAGGAGAAGCUUUGCAAGCCUGCUCUUGCAACUGCUAUCUUCAGUACAGUUUCCUUCUUGCUUGGUGCCAUCACCUCUGUCGUUUCUGGUUUCCUUGGGAUGAAAAUUGCAACCUAUGCAAAUGCAAGGACAACAUUGGAAGCUAGGAAAGGUGUUGGGAAAGCUUUCAUUGUUGCAUUCAGAUCUGGUGCAGUUAUGGGUUUUCUGCUUGCUGCUAAUGGCCUAUUGGUUUUAUACAUUACCCUCAAUCUAUUCAAGAUCUACUAUGGUGAUGAUUGGGAAGGACUUUUUGAGGCAAUAACUGGAUAUGGUCUUGGUGGAUCCUCCAUGGCCUUGUUCGGAAGAGUUGGUGGUGGUAUUUACACCAAGGCUGCUGAUGUUGGUGCUGAUCUUGUUGGAAAGGUUGAAAGGAAUAUUCCAGAAGAUGAUCCUAGGAACCCUGCUGUGAUUGCUGAUAAUGUGGGUGACAAUGUUGGAGAUAUUGCUGGAAUGGGGUCUGAUCUUUUUGGUUCAUAUGCUGAAGCAUCUUGUGCUGCUCUUGUUGUGGCUUCAAUAUCAUCUUUUGGAAUUGCACACGACUUCACUGGAAUGUGCUAUCCGUUGCUUAUUAGUUCCAUGGGCAUCCUGGUCUGCUUAAUCACUACUCUCUUUGCUACUGACUUUUUUGAGAUAAAGGCUGUCAAGGAGAUUGAACCAGCAUUAAAGAAUCAACUUAUCAUAUCUACUAUUCUUAUGACCGUGGGAAUUGGAAUUGUCACCUGGGUUUGCUUGCCAUCAUCUUUCACAAUCUUCAAUUUUGGUGUUCAGAAAGAUGUGAAAAACUGGCAGCUAUUCCUUUGCGUUUGUGUUGGACUUUGGGCUGGACUUAUCAUUGGAUUUGUGACUGAAUAUUACACCAGCAAUGCCUACAGCCCUGUCCAAGAUGUUGCUGAUUCUUGCAGAACCGGUGCUGCAACCAAUGUUAUAUUUGGUCUUGCCUUGGGAUAUAAAUCAGUCAUUAUUCCCAUUUUUGCCAUUGCAGUUAGCAUCUUUGUUAGUUUCACAUUUGCUGCUAUGUAUGGUAUUGCUGUAGCAGCUCUGGGAAUGCUAAGCACGAUUGCUACUGGGUUAGCCAUUGAUGCUUAUGGCCCCAUCAGUGACAAUGCGGGAGGUAUCGCUGAGAUGGCUGGCAUGAGCCACAGGAUUCGCGAGAGGACUGAUGCCCUUGAUGCUGCUGGGAACACCACUGCUGCUAUUGGAAAGGGUUUUGCCAUCGGGUCUGCUGCACUCGUGUCAUUGGCACUUUUUGGUGCCUUUGUGAGCCGUGCAGGAAUUUCUUCUGUUGAUGUGCUGACCCCUAAAGUCUUCAUUGGAUUACUUGUUGGAGCUAUGCUCCCGUACUGGUUCUCUGCCAUGACCAUGAAGAGUGUGGGAAGCGCAGCUCUGAAGAUGGUUGAGGAAGUCCGCAGGCAGUUCAACACCAUCCCUGGUCUCAUGGAGGGUAUUGCCAAGCCUGACUAUGCUACAUGUGUUAAAAUAUCAACUGAUGCUUCGAUUAAGGAAAUGAUCCCCCCUGGUGCGCUAGUCAUGCUCACACCCCUGAUUGUUGGCACCUUUUUUGGUGUCGAGACCCUGUCUGGUGUUCUUGCUGGCUCACUCGUUUCCGGCGUCCAGAUCGCGAUCUCUGCAUCCAACACCGGUGGUGCAUGGGACAACGCAAAGAAGUACAUCGAGGCUGGUGCUUCGGAGCAUGCAAAAAGUCUGGGACCUAAGGGUUCCGACCCACACAAGGCGGCCGUGAUUGGUGACACAAUCGGAGACCCUCUGAAGGACACUUCAGGUCCGUCGCUGAACAUCCUGAUCAAGCUGAUGGCAGUGGAGUCACUCGUGUUUGCUCCCUUCUUCGCGAUUCACGGCGGUCUGCUGUUUAAACUCUUCUGAAGAACCAAAUGGCAAAUUGUACGAGAUAGGUGGUUUUAUUCUGAUGAUGAUGAUAAAUGAAUGCGAUGGAGGAGGUUAUAAUCUAAAUCAACGACAUCCAUUUGAUGGCAUAUUGAUAUAGCUUUCUAGUUUUUUUGGUUGAUUGUAAUGGGAUUAAUUUUGGCGGGCAACAUGGAUCCCAUUGAGGUUCAUGCUUUUUCUUUUUCCUUUUCCAGAUAUGAAUCUUCUUGAAAUUUUUUAGUGUGAAGCAUUGGUUCUAUUGUAGCA